AUGGGUAAUUAAUAAAAGCAAAAAUCUAUUCUAGAACUUUGGAAUGAACAUUGUUUGAAUAAGAGCAAACAACUCAAGAAUCAAAGUCUCAAGGAAUAUAAACCUGAAAUUAUACGCAAAAACGCAAUUGAAGUCUUAGAUUAAGCAGUUCAUCAAGAUCAUCUGCAAUCAUACAAGGAAGACCUCAAGAAAUUCUUACUCAAUAUGGAUCCUUAGAAGUACGCCCAAUAGUUAGCUAUUUCUGUCUAUCUUAAUCACACUCAAACUGCACAAUUCUUGAUUCCUUAGGUAAACAAUCUCAAAGAGGAGUUGAUCUAUAAGCAGAUUGCAGAUCACCAUCUCAUCAAAGACUUAAUGAAUAUAUGGAGUGAAAUCUUCAGUAACAAAUACUCGAUAUUUUAAAAUCAAGAAGAUAAGGAAUUUUUGAUCAAAUUAAUUCACUCCAAAGAUUUCGUUUAUUCCUCUCUGUGUAAUGAUAUUAAAUACUUCAUUGAGUAUUUGGAGUAGAUGCUCAGAUUGAUCUACGAGGUCUAAAACAAAGAAAAGUUUAAGCAAUUGCUCAUCAAAAUGAUCUUUUAGAAUCAAAACAUUAAGAAGAUCAUAGUAGACACAUUCGAAAUUUAUAGUUUAGACAAGACAUAGAUAUUCAAGCGGAAACUCUUUAAUUAUAAACACAUUUCAUUGGCUGAAUUAAGAGUGCCUGAACAAUACUAUUCGGAUUAUCCCAAUACGAUAAAUCAAUUAUAGGAAAUAUUAAUAAUUGAGAAUCCUUGUGAUAAAUUUGAUUUGUUCUCCAAAUUGGAGUAAUCCAUGAUAAAGGACAUCAAGAAAGAAGGAAUCCAAAAUAUUCUACUUGAACUAGAUAAGUAUUAUUAUGGUUUAAAAUAGUUAAAUAGGAAUAUUGACUUUCUGCAUUUUCAAGAUUUAAUCUGA